GAGCCGACUGAUAUCCCAGCAAUUCAUUCUGUCCUGUCGCCUGUCGAGCCUUGUGCCGGAGUUGGUCUGACUUCGAAUAUACCGCACUGUUCAAUCACUGUUUCGGACCUGAGUGAGCACUACCAGCGAUUGCAAUCCUCAGAUCAGACCUCAUCCCUUUCAUACUGUCCAUCCACCACCCCCUCCGAAAACACAACCGACACCACAACCAACAACAUCGACCAAAAUGUCCGUCCCAGUCCGAACAAUCACCUCCUUCCGCACAACUUUCAACCCCUUCUCCCCCAUCUCCCGCCCCUGCCGCCUCUUCCUCAACCUAGUCCGCCAACCCUCCACGAUCUCCGCCUCGAGCCCCAACCACAUCGACAUCAAAGUCACGCAGCUCCCGCGGAACUCGACACAGCUGCCUGAGAUGACAAUAGGAUUCAAGGGCGGGAGGGAGAUUCAGCUGGAUGUUGGGAAGAGGGGGAUGAAGAUUGGGGAUGUGAUUGAGGAGGUUGCGCGGGUGGGACGGGUUAUUGAGAGGGAGCAGACAUUGAAAAGCUAAGAUAUAUUAUGUUGUUUAUGGAUUAUGUGGUGAUUGUUGUAUUAUUAUGCAUUUUUAUUUUCCUGGUUCUUGUUCACGGCGCUUGGAAGACCGGGUUGUCUUAGACAGAUUCAGUUUUCCGAUGGAAGAUGACAUGCUUGUAUAUACCAUGUAGCAUAAAAUUUUUUUACGGUCCGGUGAUUC